UUAUUUGUCGGGGGUCAAAUCAGAUAGGCGAGCCUAUAAUACCCUCACCCCACAACAGUCUUGUUUGAAUCAUUUCCUACAUACAUUCCUUUGCGACGCCAAUCCGAGACACCUUAAAACCCCGCUCACAGUCUGGAGCUCUCGUCCAAUAGACUUGGAGCGAGAUCAGCUGAUUUUUUCACGCUGCCAUUUUGUCCGGCGGAGCAGCAGCCAGUCAGUCGGUGUUGUAAAGCGGUGCCGAAAGCCACGACUUGGGAAAGACUUCCACGCACACACAUACACACGCAUACACACACACCAACCCUAAACCGGAGAGCGCCAGGGGAUCCAACCGACCGAUCAUGUGUAAAAACGAUCCGAUCUUCAUGGCGGAAGACAAAAGUUGUUGAGACUCGGGAGCGCAGGAGGAAGAGGGAUCCGCGAACGAACCUGUCAUUCGGAUCACGGCGGCGGGCCACAGACUCGGGAUUUUCGGACUGUCAGACCCCAGAGGCUUGGCUGUCUGGGCUGCAUUCCCCACUAGCAUUGUGGUGGCUAUCCCAGCGAGCUAACAGAGGAAUAUACUCUUCACUUGUUUCAUUUCUGGUGGAAAGCAACCCGGACACAAUUGCCCAACCCCUGAGGUAACAGGACCCGUUCAGUCUAAAGGAGUCCCUUCUUCGAGUCCACACCACUUUUCCCUCGUCGCUCGGGGGAGCUGAGAGCGAACACUCCCUGCGGUACCAGGGCCAAGGCUCAUGUGGACCAGUGGACGUGGAGGACCCGGGAUGUCCGGUUCAGAGCUGGGCUCAAUACUCUGAUUUAUAACGGACCCUCUUCGUUACUAGGUGAUUGAUCGGACUUGUAAAUCGCUUAUUUGAACCAACAACAGGACGUACAAGUCAGGCCAGCUAUGUGCAUUUGUGGCCAGAAAGUGAUUUUCAGUGUUUACAACUUCCACCGUGGGACUGUGUCCGCCGGGUUCGAGUCCUGCAACACUAACAUUAGCUAACGUUCAUACAAACCCCUUUUUAGACUAGACUCGUUUGUUAGUCCAUAGGUGAAGUUAGUGUGGAGGAAUAAAAGUGUCGGCCUACCGCUGAGCACCCAGUCGGGACAGGCUUGAGAUUUGAAUGUUGGGGUUUUAAUACCGAGCUUAUUCGACACAUUCUUUGCCUUUUGGAUUAUUGCGACCUGUGACCUGUCACACACGGCGAUCACACGGCACAUACUUCCCUGCGUUAACCUUAAAGUGGCCGAAACGACCUCAUCCGGAGGUGUAUCUGCCCACCGCUGGUACUUGUACUUGUGAGUGGAGUCACGUAACGAUCCCUGAGGGAGCAAUCAAUCGAUUUGAUCAUUAUUGGGCUAUUUUAGCUGAGUGGAGGAAAGGAGCUUAGAGAGGAGAAUGUCGGGCCAAUCCAUCACGGACCGGAUCGCCGCCGCUCAGCACAGCAUGACCGGCUCAGGGAUCAGCAAGGCGGUGUGUAAGGCGACCACUCAUGAAGUCAGUGGACCAAAGAAGAAACAUCUGGAUUACUUGAUCCACUGCACCAAUGAGAUGAACGUGAGCAUCCCCCAGCUGGCCGACACGCUGUUCGAGAGGACCGCCAACUCCAGCUGGGUGGUGGUCUUCAAGGCCCUCAUCACCACACACCACCUCAUGAUGUACGGCAAUGAGCGUUUAAUCCAGUACUUGGCGUCCAGAAACACCCUCUUCAAUCUCAACAACUUCCUGGAUAAAGGAGCCCUUCAAGGUUACGACAUGUCUACCUUCAUCCGGCGGUACAGCCGCUACCUGAACGAGAAGGCCAUGUCCUACCGGCUGGUGGCGGUAGACUUCACCAAGAUGAAGAGAGGGAUCGAUGGUGUGAUGCGCACCAUGAACAUCGAGAAGCUGAUCAAGACCCUGCCCAUCAUCCAGAACCAGCUGGACGCUCUGCUGGACUUUCAGGCCAGUCCCAACGAGCUGUCCAACGGUGUGAUCAACGCAGGCUUCAUGCUGCUCUUCAAAGACUCCAUCCGUCUGUUCGCCGCCUACAAUGAGGGAGUCAUCAACCUACUAGAAAAGUACUUUGACAUGAAGAAGAAUCAGUGUAAAGACGCGCUGGAUAUCUACAAGAAGUUCCUCUGUCGCAUGACCAAGCUGUCCGAGUUCCUCAAAGUGGCUGAGCAAGUUGGAAUAGAUCAGGGUGACAUCCCCGAUCUCUCACAGGCCCCCAGUAGUCUCCUGGAUGCUCUAGAGCAGCACCUGGCCUCCCUGGAGGGGAGGAAGACCAAGGAGCUCAGCGCAGAUAGGGCCUCCACGCUGUCCAGCGCCGUGUCGUCCCUGGCCACCACGGGGAUGAGCUUCAGCCGCAUGGACGAGAAGGAGAAGCAGCAGGCGCUGGAGGAGGAGCAGGCCCGGCUGCAGGCCCUGAAGGACCAGCGCCUGAAGGAGAUGAACACGCAGACUCCGCCCUCCUCCUCCCCCAGCAGCCAAUCAGUGAGCAGCGGCAACAACAACCACAACCACGUCACACACAGCUCAGAGUUCUUCACACCGACGCCAUCCAACAGUAUGCCCAGUCUGAACAGCGACCUGUUUGACCUGCAGCCAGCGUUCAUCCCUGCAGUGCACAGCAACCCCUCCUUAAACACCACCACCAGUGCCUGGGGAGGGAUGGAGAACCAGUCGGUACCGCCUCCCGCCGCCGUGGCCAUGGCGGUAGAUUUUGACGCUGUGUUUGGGAAUAAGGCGGCCCCUCCGAGUAACAAUGGCACUCAGCCUGCACCUGGGUUUGAUGCUCUGGGGGAGCUCCUGAAGCCCACCAUGCCCGCCCACGGCGGCCCCCCUCCCCCCGCCAUGGCCUUCCACCCCGGGGCCAAGCUGCUGGCCUCCGACCUGGACUCCUCCCUCGCCAACCUCGUGGGCAACCUGCAGUUUGGUGGGACACCCAUCAAGAAUUCGUUGCUGUUCAGGCCCGACAUGCAGUGGAGCCAGCAGGGGGAGAAGAAGCUGACCGGGGGCCACAACUGGCAGAACAAGACCAUGUCCACCACGCCCUGGACCUCCGCCCCCAUGGCGCCCCAGCCCAUGCCCGUGCCGGUGAGUCCAUCUCCCAUGGCGUUUCCCAUGGCAACACCACAAGUGCCUGUUUAUGGAAUGGUCCCGCCCCAGAUGGCCCAGAUGGGCGGAGUCUCAGUCAUGGCCCCUCAGCAAAUCAUGUACAACCAGCCGGUCCUCAGACCCACCAACCCCUUCGCCCCCAUGCCUGGAGCCCAGAUGCAGUUCAUGUAGACCAUGCAAAGCAACGUGCCAAAAAACAACAAACAGGAGAAAAGGAGCGAGAGAGAGAGGGCGAGCGAGAGACGGACUGAAUAGGGCAGAAUGAGGAGUGACACCGGAAAGGAGGAAUACAAACAAGGAGGAUGGAGGGAUGAAACGGGGGCUAAAGUUCAUGGAUAUAACAAGGUGUUGUCUGAAACAACGUGUGUGUGUGUGUGUGUGUGUUUGUGCAUGCCUGUGUGUGUGUGUGUCUUAUUUUCUUGUGUUAGAGUAGAGAUUUGUAAACGGUUAUUGAAUGAAUGUGGUGUCAUAGUAUAAGAGGGCACUUGAGCUUGAGAGAAAGACUUACAUAUAAUAUAUAUCAUGAGAGAGAGUGUGUGUAUUGCUGCCCUCUGCUGGUGAUACCAGGUAGUGCAGAUGGAGUUGAUUAACCUAAUUUCAAAAUGGUGCUAUUUUGUCCUCUCUUGGAUCCCAUAGGCCUGAAAUGGCAGGAGGAAUGACGAGGACAAGAGUGUGUUUGUAAGGUGUGUGUGUGUGUGUGUGUGUGUGUGUGUGUGUGUGUGUGUGUGUGUGUGUGUGUGUGUGUGUGUGUGUGUGUGUGUGUGUGUGUGUGUGUGUGUGUGUGCGCGUACACCAGUUGUUUCAGAAAAACUGAGAUCUUUGUGACGUUUAGCCCUGUCUUCAUCCCUCUUCCAUCCCUUCAUCUCAUUGGCUGUCGGUGUGGCACCACUGGCCAAUCACAGCCCGGCCCUAGAGACAGUUAGUGUGGUUAGUUUCUCCUGCAUGUUCAGGUCCGAUGAUGCUAAUUAUCUUUGUGUUUUUUGACUAGGCUCGCUCUGAGAUGUCAUGUAAAAAAAUGUUCUUGCUUCGAUCUAUUGGGAAAUGUAUCAGAAAUUGUUACUUUUUAUUUCUUUCUUUGACUCAUUGUAACUCAUGUCAUUUUUUUGUAAAGUUAUACAUACAUACAGUACAUAUACAUGUAUCAAUAUGUCUAUAUCUAUAUAUAGAUGUGUUGAUGUAUACUUCAACAUAAGGACCUGGACUAACCAUGAUAUAGUAUUCUGACAGGGUCCUUGCCAGAGUCCGUUCAUUACUUUUAUUUUGAAAGUGAUUUUGGUGCUUCGAUAUCCUGCUGGGAUUCUACCUAUGCCAACUUCUCGUGUGCGUCUGCCAACAUGCAACCGGCUAAUGUCUGGAAACACGUGAUAACCUGCUGUGACUCACAGCCACUACCUAACCACACAGAGCUAGAUGCAAGAUUGUAUGUCUAAACAUUGAUUGAUUCAUCAAAGCAAGAGCGUAGUGUCCUUAUGGAACGAGACAUGGCGCCUUUUCAAAGCAAGAGCGUAGUGUCCUCAAGGAACGAAAUGUUGAGCCUUUUCAAAGCAAGAGCGUAGUGUCCACAAGGAACGGGGCAUUGAGGCUUUUCAAAGCAAGUUCCCAGAAGGCGCUAUUGACUUCUCCUUGUUCGCACCUGAAUCAACUUAUCGGCGAAACCACGUGCAUUCGACCUAAGCGCGGAUCUAAACAGCCGCAGAGGAAUAGAGUAAUAUGAAUGUUAAUGACUCAUAUCGGAUGUGUUUGCAUUAUAUUGCACUGAAUUGUACGCAAGUAUUUGUUUGUUUGCUUUUCGGUUUUUUAAUUACGUGAUUUAGCAGCGGACCAAAAAAGAAAACUGUCACUGUCCGUGUGUCGGUCGAGCAAGAUCUAAAAUGGAUCCUCCUUCAAGUCUGUUGCUCACCAACGCUCUGAUGUCAAAGUGUUAAAAAACGUGUGUUAGUGUAAACGCAGAUAUCCACCGUGGUCGUUCCUAAACCAAAUGCAACCGAUGUCAGGCUGCCACCUGUAAAUGUAUGUGUCAAUCUUACAGCCGGUGUACGUUUUGAUGUGCGUAUGCAGUAACACAUUGGGAUCUGUCGGGUCGGCCCAUUGGUCGGGUGGUAUCUGUCGGUCAGACCGGUUGGUCGGUGACCUUAAAUGUGAGCCGGUGAGUUUGGAUGCAGUGAUUAGUUGGGAGAUGUCUGUUGUGGUUGUCGCAAAAUAACAUGCAGAACUUUUGCACUGAGCUAUUCGGCAAAGAACCCCUGACUCCAGCAUAGAUGGACGAUUUUUACCUUUUCUAUAUUUUGGGAGGGCGAGGGGGCUGUCAUCGUAAAGGUAUUUAGAACGUUGGGGUAUGAUUUCAGGUUUUCCCUUGGAGAUAAUUUGAAGUCGUUGGUUGAAAUAAGAUGGAUUGCUGGUCUAAUUAGAAUGAAGGGAAGUGGAUUUAACUAUUAUCAACUUUUGGUUUUGGUUGGUUUGAAUCCCCAGUUCCUGGCCUGUAUGCAGUGUAGUCCUACCUUUAGUGAACAUCUGCUUAUUGGUGGAUCAUUUUCACGUGGUUAAGCAUGACAAUUGUAGCCAGUGCGCUCAGAGAAGAGUGUCUGAUCAUGUGAUGGAAGGGGGGGGGACUUCAUAGGAACUCUUAUUUUAUACAAUGCGACUAACGGUAAGGUUUACAUAUCAUUACGGCGCAGGUAGGGUUUGGAAGGGAUCUCCCCUGACUAGCUGUAGGCAUCGCUACAGCUAGUCAGAAGACUUUGGGAAGUUGGUUGGGAGCUUACAGGUCAAACCAACCAUAUGAUCCUAUGUAUUGAGAACCUUUAACAUGGCUUUGCCAAAAUCUCAGCCCACAUUCAGAAAGAAAACAUGACCUCCAUCAGCCCUGAAACAGGAAGGAACAGGAAGCGCGACAAGUCGACCCAUCAGGAAAGGGAAGAAACCUUGAGGAACACGCAAGAGUGAUCUACCCUUUUUAUCCCCUGGUCAUCUCGUAGUGCCAUUGCAGAAUAUUAGUGACGUUACAGCUCCUGUGUACAUUUCUAACCAGAGCGGCGCUUCUGUCUCUUGUUGCUAGUUGUCUUUCUAGAAUAUGUUAAGCCGGCUUUUAUCCUCUCCGACUUGAGGACAAAAAGCUUUGUAAAAAAUAACGUUAAUAGUUCGCAAUUCUUCUGGUCUUCUUUCAUCGUUGUCGAGUAUUUUGUGCUCUUAGACGCUUGCUAUGGUCGUCCCGUGUUUUCCUCUAGAACUUGGUAGUUUUUCCCCCCACAAAGCCCUCGUGAUACAUGUAGCCGAUUCAUGUGCGUCUAGCUUGUGUGGUCCUCGCUAUUUUACAAUAAUGCUAGCUGUGUAGUCUCGCAAUGUCACAAGAAAAACGUGCUUCUUAACAACUUUAGCGCUGUAUCUCCCCAACUCUCGCUUUCCUUUUCUGGUGUGAGUGUCGAUAGCUAGCUUUUCUAACUCUUUCUACCUUACCCGUUUAGCGUCUCCCCCCCCCACAGGGCUUCUUGGAAGGGAAGUCAACUCUGCCGAUGUCAAGCUCAACGAUUUCAGAAUGUCGAUCAAAUUAGAACAAAGAAGGGAACACCGCCUCUAACGUGUAGGUCCUUUUUGUUAAAAUGAACCCAGUCAUGUCAAUAUUUUUCUUUCAUUUUCUAUCUUUUCCAAAUGGAUUUGGAAAAUGUUGGUAAGAUUAAAAAUAAAAGUUUGGAGCUUUGCGGCUGCCUUGUUUUCAUUAAAUCAAUGAUACCACUGCCGUUUUAUCGAUUACCAGUCAUUGCAGUAAUCAAAGAUCUAGUACUAGAUAGUUCCAGGAACCAGGUUGGAAGUAUGGAGGAACAGGAAGUUUCUUAGGGUUGGAGAUGAUGAGAUUCAUGAUUGUUUUUAGAUAAAAAAUUUCAGUUAUCCCUUAACUAAAACCACUUGGGAACUUAAAAUAAGUUCCCCAAUUGUCCCUGAAAUACGCACCUACGGGGUUUGACGGGGUUCAAAGUUCUUCCAUCAGAUGGAACUAAUUCUCCAUGUAGACUUUUUGAUAUUUAUAACCACAUGAAGGUUCCUGGUCAUUGUAGCCACUGGUCACGCUAUAAAUUAGCCUUAAAUAACUUAUCUUAAUGUCUGGAUAUUGGAGGUAACUUAGCUAGCUGCUAACGUUUGGUUUUUUGGAUGUCCCUGAAACGACCGGAGGGGGAUGGUCAAAGGGAUUGCUCACGGCUGCUGAAAGUGGGAUAUGGAUCUAAACGUGUCGAGGCAGCUCGGCGACUAAGCUAGCUGGCUGUCCUCCCAUCAGGAUUGUACAGUAACUGUACAGAAACAACACUUCUCAUUUGGCAUGUCGGCGUCGCUUCAUUUCUUUGAUAAGUGGUUUGGGUCCUUUGUUCUCUACCUCUCCAAUUUUUGGUUUCUCUUUGCGUUUUUAUACUCUGCAUGACGGCCUGCUCUACUGCAAGAUCAGCAGUUCUGCGUCUGUGCUUGCAGCCCACAGGUGGCUCUUAGGAGUGGAGGCCCGACUGUCCUUGAAUCACGAUCGAUAGCAUGAUGUACAGCUAACAAAGGGAGUCAGCUGAGCUCAGAUUGAAACACAACAGGACUACAGACCACUGUGGUCCAUCCCAGUAGCUAAUAGCCGAGACUGCAGGCUAUAAAACGUUAUCAGUGUGGUUGAUUUACCCAACUACAGUGUUUGGCUCCGAAGCCCUUUAUUCAAGUCAUUUAUCCUGAAUUCGAACUAGCAACCUUUUUUACUUUAUUUUACCAACUUAAUAACAAUUAGGAUACUGCCUGCCACCCACCCACUUCCUCAAAUAUGAAAAUGUAUUUAUGGGGGGGGGGGGGGGGGUGAACCCCCUCCCAACAACAGGAGAUGUGAUCAAUUGUUUCUGCUUUGCCCAGGGCCGACAGACUGCGGGUGUAAAGCCCAGUUCAGACCAAAGAUUUACCUUGCAACGGCUUGCGACGAGACAGGCUGCGACGUUCUAAAACUGGGCCGUUCACACUGGCUGCAACGGGCUGCGACGCUAGGUGGUUUCCCAAGCAACUGUGAACGCUCUGGCACAGCUGAGAGCCGCAACAGCAUAAUUUGCCCAGGUUAGGUUAGAUUAGUUAGGUUUGCGAUUAGUUAGGUUUGCAGGUUUGUUUUAGUUGUGAGGUUAGUUUUAUUUUUAUUUUGCUUGAGAGUAGGCUAGAGUUACUGUGUUUUGUCAUUCUCCGGAUAUCGGAUAUUUCAAUCUGAUAUUUUUAUAGACAGUACGGUACCGGGAAGGAGUGAGGCCGUGACGUACAAGUUGUUCUGUGCUGUGAUUGGCUGAAGAGAAAUAGUUAAAUCGCCGCGUUCUAAAACUGGACCUUGCGAUUUGACAUGUUCAAUCUCUGGCGACUCCUUGCAACUCCUUGCAACGACCCAUUCACACCGCCCCUGCGACGUUCUAAAACCGUCUCGUUGCAAGCCGUAGCAAGGUGAAUCUUUGGUCUGAACUGGGCUUAAGGUGGACAGGCUUGGGGGGGGCCCAUGGGAAUGAAAAAAAAAAUAUUUAUUUCAAAUUUUCAACCACCCCCUAGU